AUGUCGAGAGCUCAUACCCACAAUGCUAGUUCCAGUAAUGACAACACCGAGGCGCUUAGUGAAUUUUAUGGGACUUUGGGGGCUAUGACCCAGAUUAUGAAGGAGUCGAUGCCCGUCCAGUCUACCCCUACCCUAGAACAGAAUGAUAGUAGCGUUUUAGAGAGGUUUAGGAGGUUGGCGCCCCCAAACGUUUUGGGGCAAGGAGGAUUAGAGAAGGUUGAGAGAUGGAAGAGGCAGAUAGAAAAGAUCCUAGAAGUGUUGCACUUCUCAAGCGAGAAGAAUGUUAGAUUAGGAUCCUUCAUGCUGGAAGGAGAAGCUGAACACCGGUGGGACUCGGUGACGCGGUCUUGGGGGGAGUCGGGCACCGAGACCACAUGGGAAAACUUCCUGACGGCAUUCGAUGAGAAGUAUUUUCCAGACUCCAUCAAGGAAAUAAAAGAAGUAGAGUUUAUUGAACUCCAACAAAGGGGUAUGGCAGUGGAGCAAUAA